AUGUCUGUUCAGGAGGGGGCGUCCCCGUCCCCCGAUGGCAAGGUAGCCAACCUCGGGAAUCCAGAAGAUGUCCUGCACAGCAUCAACCUCGUGUCCCAGGUUCUUUCAAUCACUCUGAUCACUUUGUUCAUGGUUUUGCGUGUGUACACAAAGUCUAUCGUCGCACCGCCGUUCCAUACGGAUGACUGUGAGUCCAACCCGAUCUUGACCGUGGGAUACAACAUCACGGCGCUCUUUAUGGGCCGUUUUGGAGGCGGAUUCCACGUCUACGAGAUCUCGAGGGAAAGUUAUAAAGGCUUCAAAAAGGUACUCUCGCCUCUCCCCCCCACCCCCCCCCCCCCCCCCCCAAAAGAAAAACACCAAGUGUCAGUGCUGGGACUAACGUCCUCUCUGGGGGUAUUUGCCAUCACCCUCGUUUAUACCCCCGCUUCCUUUUUCACGAAGCUCGCUCUGCUCUGGAUCGUCAUCAGGGUCUUCAGGUUGCACAAGAAGACGAUCAUCGGAACGUAUGCAAUCAUCAUUUUCCUGACUGGAUAUACCAUCCCCGUCAUGUUCCUGAAGGGGUUCAUAUGCCGGCCCCUCGCCGGCUUCUGGGACUCGGCCGUCAAGACCACCUGCUACAACCAGCGCGCCAUCUUGCUGGCCGAUACCGUCGUCAGCGCCCUCACCGACAUGGCCGUCCUGUGCAUCCCGAUACCAGUGGCCGUGACCCUCCGGAUGUCGUGGAAGAAGAGGCUCAAGGUCAUCGCCAUGCUGAGCUCCGGGGGGAUUGCCACGGCGACGAGCGUUAUACGGCUGGUUCUCGUAAUCAAGCUACAGAACUCGCUUGAUGAAACGGUCGACCUCAUCCGGUUCAACCUCCUCGGUACGGCGGAAGUGAGCAUAGGCCUGAUAUGCGCAUGUCUUCCCGCCGUCAACAUACUCUUCCUGCGCGGGUUCGAAUGUGCGUCGGACUCUAGCCGGGGCACCAUCGGUAGCAGCAGGAUCCUCGAGCUCAAGUUUCUCAGAGGCAGCAGGCUUCGGACCCAACGAUUAACGACGACAGAAGUCGCGCCCGAUACUGCCCGCGAGGACGUUCCCGACGUCCCUCCAGGUCCGACGCAAGAAGCGAGAGAAGACUACAUAUUCCCCGUUGAACGAAUUAGCCGUCCACCUCCAGCAAAACUGCAGGAAGACCCCGAGACUGGGGAGUUGCGGGAUGAUUGGUACUCCAAUGUAAUGGCUUCACCGUUCACAGAGCCUGGAUCCCCGGACUGGGCUCGAAAAGGUGUUGAGUAAU